AGACUAGGUGGAUGCGAUCUAACUUACAGGCAGAAUAGAAGCAACAACCGUGACGGUGAAUCAGUAUAAAAGGGACAUGAACAGGGCUGGAUGGACAUCAGUUUUUCUAGCCGUCGAGAGCAACAGUUUCAUACUCCGAGCAAAGCCAUGAAAGUCGUGAUCGUAUUAGCGUGUCUAAUGGCACUAGCCGCCGCCGUUGAUGAGGCCGAUGUGGUCGUCGAGGUAGCUGAUCUGGACGCUGCCGAACAUCACAGACGUGGUGGAUACGGAGGAGGACGGCCUGGAGGAUACGGAGGAUAUGGAGGAUAUGGCGGAGGACAUCGAGGGGGAUACGGAGGAUACGGUGGAUACGGGUGGGGCCGCAAACGUCGUUCGGUUGAAGAUGACGCCCUGGUUGCUGAAUUAGAAACGGCUGAACAUCACCUUGGAGGUUGGGGGUAUGGAGGACGUGGAGGUUACGGCGGAUAUGGAGGUUAUGGCGGACAUGGAGGUUAUGGCGGACAUGGAGGAAAUGGUGGAUAUGGAGGUUAUGGUGGAUACCGUCGUCAUCACGGCUAAGAAGAAUAAUUUCCAUUUAGGUCCAUCCGAUCGUUGUUGUUAUUGUUAAUCGUUUUCUUGGAGUUGUGGUUCAAUUCGUUUUGUUGCGAGGCUCACAAAAGCUGAAAUUGAUUUUGUGAGUGAUCUGUUCUGAUUCAAUAAACUAUUUCCGCGCUA